AUGAUCAAUAAUGCCUUGUUCCGUGGUGGGCUAGCAGCUUUGCUAUUCUUUUCCUGUACCACCACCAUCUUGCGGAAUAGGGAAACCGAUGCGUCUAGGGAAAACGCUGCUUCGCUUCACAAGUAUCAAGACACUCAAGAACAUACAUUCGCGGUUCCCGCGACAAAAGUCACGGCAAUCACCCCAAAGGCUGACCAAUUCGAAGCUGUCCGACGCCUUGGUAGUUCCUCUAAGGGCAAAGGAGGCGACAGUGGCAAGUCCGGUAAAGGUUCGAGUGUAUCCUCCAAGGGCAAAGGCGGCGACAGUGGCAAAUCCGGUAAAGGCAGCGAUAGUGGCAAGUCCGGUAAAGGAAGCGACAGUGGUAAAUCCGGCAAGGGCAGCGACAGCGGCAAGUCCGGCAAAGGCUCAAGUGUAUCCUCCAAAGGCAAGGGUAGCGAUAGUGGCAAGUCCGGUAAAGGCAGCAACAGUGGCAAGUCCGGUAAAGGCAGCGAUAGUGGCAAAUCCGGUAAAGGCAGCGAUAGUGGCAAGUCCGGUAAAGGAAGCGAGAGUGGUAAAUCCGGCAAGGGCAGCGACAGCGGCAAGUCCGGCAAAGGCUCAAGUGUAUCCUCCAAAGGCAAGGGCAGCGAUAGUGGCAAGUCCGGUAAAGGCAGCAACAGUGGCAAGUCCGGUAAAGGCAGCGAUAGUGGCAAGUCCGGUAAAGGCAGCGAUAGUGGCAAGUCCGGUAAAGGAAGCGACAGUGGUAAAUCCGGCAAGGGCAGCGACAGCGGCAAGUCCGGCAAAGGCUCAAGUGUAUCCUCCAAAGGCAAGGGUAGCGAUAGUGGCAAGUCCGGUAAAGGCAGCAACAGUGGCAAGUCUGGCAAGGGCAGCGACAGUGGCAAGUCCGGCAAGGGCAGCGACAGUGGCAAGUCCGGUAAAGGAAGCGAUAGUGGUAAAUCCGGCAAGGGCAGCGACAGUGGCAAGUCUGGCAAGGGCAGCGACAGUGGCAAGUCUGGCAAGGGCAGCGAUAGUGGCAAGUCCGGCAAGGGCAGCGACAGUGGCAAAUCCGGCAAGGGCAGCGACCACGGGAAGGGCAAAGGAAAGGGUAAGGGCUUGGACGCCUCCUCAAAGGGCAAGGGCUCUGGCAACGGCGAGGCGGGAAAGGGCAAAGGAAAGGGCAAGGGCUUAGAUGCCUCCUCUAAAGGCAAAGGUUCCAACAAAUCACCUAAUGGUAAAGGCAAAGGAAAAGGCAAAGGAAAAGGCAAGGGGAUUUGA